AUGGAGACAUUUAAUUUCGGGAAAUAUAAAGGAAAAACAUUUGAAGAAGUUUUUGAAAAACAUAAAUCCUAUGUAACAUGGGUUAAAAAUCUUGAAAAUCCUACAGGAUCUUUAAUUGAGUUUAAAAAUUAUGUUUUACGAAGAGAAGAACAAGGUGGAAAUGAUGGAGAUACAAAUACGGAGUACACCGAAUAUAAUAAUAAAUAUGGGAACAACAACAAUUAUGGAAAUGAUAAUUAUUAUGGGAAUGGAAAUAAAUAUAAAACCGAUAAAAACCCAAAUGGGAAUUUCAAUUACAAACAAAAUGGAUAUGAUAAUAAAAGUAGUGUGAACAAAAUGAAUAGUUCAGAGCACAAGCUUUAUGAGCAGAAUAUAAUGAACGAAAUAGCCAAUAGGUAUAAUAAUAAGGAGGAGGAUAAACCUGAAUUAGAUAUAAUUGUGGCGUUUGAAAUAUUCAAUAGUGAUAGUUUUAAAAUAGUGCAAAAAGACAAUAAUAACAAAAAAUAUUCCAAUUUUAAAAAUUUUGUACCAAAAGAACUUUUUAAAAUACUAUCUGAAUUUAAUCCAACAUUAAAAAAGAUUAAUAAUUAUUCUUGUGUAACUUUUGAAUCAGAUAAAUAUGAGUAUGUGUUAAACAAUUUAGCAGAGAAAUGCACAAUAUUAGGAGGUAUACAUAGUAUACCUAAUUUUUUAUUAAAAUGUUUUCAAAAUUAUUCGAAAUUUUCACAACCCCAAAAAAUAUCUGAAGUAACUGCAAAUAUAUUAACGAAUACAAUGUGCUCAUAUACUAAAGUGCAUUAUGACAAUUUAAAUAACUUAUUAGGUGAAAAAUUAUCUGACGAAUUAAAAAAUUUUCAAAAAGAAGGAGUACAUUUUGGUCUAAAAAAAAAUGGAAGAGUAUUAAUAGGUGAUGAGAUGGGUUUAGGAAAAACACUACAAGCAUUAGCUUUAAUGGCAUUUUAUAACAAAGAUUGGCCUUUCAUAGUAAUAUGUCCAUCAUCUAUUCGAUUUCAAUGGAAGGAUCAGGCAUUAAGAUGGCUACCUCAUUUAAUUGAAGAAAAAGAUAUAUGUGUUAUAAAAAGUGGUAAAAUGGAUAUACCUCGUAAUACUAAAAUGAUUAUAAUUUCUUAUGAAUUAAUUACAAAAAAUGAUAAGUAUCAAAAUAAAUAUAAAUGUAUUGUUUGUGAUGAAUCACAUUAUUUAAAAAAUUCUUUUUCAAAAAGAACUAAAGCAAUAGUACCUAUAAUAAAAAGUGCAAAAAGAUGUGUAUUAUUAUCGGGUACACCCGCAUUAAAUAAGCCAUCAGAAUUAUAUGAACAAGUUUCUAGUAUAAUACCUAAUCUAUUUAAUUAUAAUGAAUUUUGUGAUAGAUAUUGUUAUAAAGAUAAAAAUAUAUACACUAGAAAAAUAGAAUAUGUUGGAUGUAAGCACACUGAAGAGUUACAUUUAUUUUUAACAAACACUAUUAUGAUAAGAAGAUUAAAAAAAGAUGUGUUAAAGGAGUUACCAGACAAAUUACGAUCAAAAAUUCCUAUUGAAAUACCUCCUAACGAAUUGAGUGAAAUUUUAAUAUAUUCUAAAAAAUUAGAAAGCAAAAAAAAUAUAAAUAUUAAUGAUCUUGAUAAUAUUAACUUAUCUAGGUUUAACGAUUUUAAUUCAAAUCACGAUAAUAAUAAUAAUGACGAAGAAAAUAUAACAAUUUCUCAAUUAUUUAAAAUGACUGGUUAUGCAAAAGUUAAAGCUAUAAAGGAAUACAUUACAUAUUUGAUUGAUGCAGAUAUUAAAUUUUUAUUAUUUUGUCAUCAUAAAUUAGUCAUGGAUGAAAUCGACGAAUUUUUAAAAGAAAAAAAACUGGGUUUUAUAAGAGUCGAUGGUUUAACUCCAAUAGAUAAAAGAGAAAUAUAUAUUAAAAAUUUUCAAAGUGAUGAAAAAAUUAGAAUUGCUUUAUUAUCUAUUACUGCGUGUGGUGUAGGUUUAAAUUUAACAGCAGCUAAUACUGUUGUUUUUGGAGAACUGUAUUGGGUUCCUGGACAAAUGAUACAAGCCGAAGAUCGAGCACAUAGAAUUGGAACAACACAUGAUACAAUAAAUAUACAUUACUUAGUUGCACAAAAUACUAUCGAUGAAGUUGUUUGGAAAAUUAUUAACAGAAAAUGGAACACUCUAACUACAGCAUUAAAUGGUACUGAAGAUUCACUAAAUGUAAAAGAAGUUAGUAAGUUUGAUAAAUUUAUGCUAGACUUAACAAAUGAUACUAAUAAAUCGUAUCCAACAUCUCUUGUUAAUACACCUAAGAUUAGACGAAGGUCAUCUGAAUAUAAGGCACUGAUAAAUAGUGGAAAUAACAAAAAAUGUCCCGAUAUAAGGGAUUUUUUCAAAAAGAACAAAAAAAGCACAGAUAUAGAAGAGCAAAAAUCGAUGGAUAUGCUAUCUGAAAAAUCAGUUGAAUUAUGGCAAGAUGAGAAAGAAAGUGAUUGGCCGUCACAUGAUUCAACGCAUAAAUAUUUAGAAAAAUCUGGCACUACGUUAUUCGAAAAAAAGAGAUCUAAUUACGACUCUGAUAAUAGUACCUCAAAUAUUUUAACUAAAAAAUACAAAACAUAA